CGAGUAUGUUUUCCGGCAUGAAUCAUGUCUGUUUUCUUCACAUUUUCAAUUAUCACAUGUUGGUAUAUUAUUCUUACAUCACAUGUGUGUAUAUAAUUCAUACAUCCACAUCGAUGUCUGGAGUAUGUUCAAAUGCAGGCAGCCCCUUGGAAUGCUGUCCAAACUAUCGUGUCGUUGGAAACUCCUGUUUAGAAUGUUGGCCAGGAACUCAUGGCGUAAAUUGUAAAGACUACUGCCCGCCUAACUUCUACGGCAGAUUAUGCUCAAAGAAAUGUGAGUGUGAACCAUGUGAUAAUGUCACUGGAUGCUCAAAUACAAAUAAGACGGCGAAAGACGAAAGUCAAACGACCUCUAGCCCGAAGGAAGUCGAAAGUCCGACGAAUUCUGCAUUAUGGCUUACAUUGUCUGUUUUGGCAUCUUGUAUAGUGACCUGUUUCAUUUUUUGUCUAAGAAUCUUCUGUAUACUAAGACAACGGAUGCUGACCAUAAAACCUUCUGAUCUGGAUGAAUAUGGUUCCAAAAAUCAAAUGGCUCCAUUAGAAAAUAGUAGAUAUUGUAUAUCGGUAACGCCGAGGACAAUUGAUUUAUCUCAAACAAAUGACACAAUGACAAGCUACGACAAAUGUCACACUUCAGUUUCAAACAACAUGACAGAAACAACCUCAGGAAAUGCUUAUGGAUGUGACGACUCUAUGGAUGGAGUUUACAACAUUCUAAAACUUACAGUGUCCGAUAAAAAUGACCACAUGCAAAUCCCGAAUAACAGUUCAACUCCUUUGGAAAUACAAAACAUGACAAACGUAAAAGAGGAUACAUCACAGAUGGCGUCCUCAGUUUCAAACUUGGCUAAAACAAAGAACCAUGAAUCAAAACUUUCAAUCCAUCGAGAAAAAAAGAAACAUAAGAAGGAAUUAUUACGGGCACUGGAUGAAUUCAAACAGGGAAGUACUAGAGAUAGGAAAAAACUUAGGUAUAGCUUUACAAAAUCAACAGAACUGUUCUGAUUAUACUUCAUGCGUUAUUUCCUUAUUGUGAAUUGAUAUUGAUAUCAAUUUUUCUGUGAAAUGACAUAUGUUAUAUGCAUAACAAUUAAUAAUUAUUUACUGUAUAUGAGAACAUCAUGUGUUUUUAAGCAUGUCCUAUGAAGCUAUUCAUAGUCAUUAUUUUAGAUUGGUACGUGUAUGCGCAUAAAAUUAAUAAAUGUGUGAAAAAAUGUUAGAUUGACUCGUGAUUUAUUUGUACAUGUGUUUUUUCUCUCAAAGAUCAAAUUGGUGAAAAACAUGGUUAAUUAAUGUAAAUUUGUAUAAUAGUACCUAUUUUUUCAUCGGAAAAAAUGCAUCUCUUAACACUGUACUUCAUCUAAAUAUCACCAUUUUCAAAAAUAUGAUAACAAUUGUUUAUAUUUUGUAAAGACACCGUUUACUGUAUUGAACGACAUUUUGUUACGUUUAACAAACUUAGAUUUGUUUGUGCUUUUGUUGAUGAUCAUCAAAAAUAGUUUAUCAUAAAAGAACAAGUUUAUUUUGAUAUAUGGAACAACGUUUCUAUUUUCAAAUUUUAUCAAUGUAACGAUGUAUACAUAACUGAUGCAAUAAAACAAUAUAUGAACGUAGAUAGAUUUGAGCUACUAAGAAUGAGCCAUCACCACCCUUACAACAUUUAAAGAAUCAAUGAAUAGAUAAAUAACUAUAUGAUGAUAGGAAAAUGAAGCCUGAUAGUGAAAUUUUAACAGCUGGUGCAAUACAAACAAUUCCUUUGUAACAUAUAAUACUAAAAUCUAACAAAUAACAUAUCCGAUUUCCAAACAUGAAUUAAUGGAAACAAAACAUAAACUUUAUUGCGUUGUUAAAACUUACAAUGCACCAUUUUUUUUAAAU